AAUGGAUUCUCCCAAAACGCCUACACAGUGACAGACUGACAGUCAUAUAGCUCAUAGAGUCAUAGUUCAGUCAUGUCAAAGAUCCUAACUUUCUUACUAGCAAUAGUAAUUAAUUACUGGGUUUUUCCUGUACUUUCUUCCUCAAAUCCUCCCCUCAAUCACCGCUACAAUGUCGGGGACCAAGUCCCUCUUUUCGCCAACAAAAUUGGCCCCUUUGAUAAUCCGAGUGAGACAUACGAAUACUUCGACUUGCCAUUCUGCCGUCCAGAUCCUUUAAUCAGAAGAAAGGAAUCACUUGGGGAAGUUUUAAGUGCUUAUCAUUUGACAAACACUCGCUAUGAUAUUAGGUUCCAGAAGAUGAAAAUUGCGGAGAAAUGGUGCACCAAAAAACUUGGAAGGGAGGAACAUGUAAAAUUCCGUGAUGCAAUUCAAAGGGACUAUUACUUCCAGAUGUUCUAUGAUGACCUUCCGUUUUGGGGAUUCAUUGGGAAAAUUGAAGGCGAGAGCUUGAAUCCUUAUAUGAAAGGGACGAGGUUCUAUCUUUUCACUCAUGUUCAGUUAGAUGUCUUAUAUAAUGGAAAUAAUGUUAUAGAAGUGCGUGCUUUCAGUGACCCAAAUCACGUUGUCGACAUAACAGAAGAUACUGAAACUGAUGUGACAUUUACCUACUCUGUAAAUUGGAAUGCAACAUCCACCCAAUUCGCAAACAGAAUGAGAAGAUAUUCGAGGGCAUCAUUGCUAUCACCAAUUCAGCAGCUUCACUGGUUUUCAGUCAUUAUUUCAGUUGUCAUCAUUUUGCUAUCAAUGGGAUUACUGGCCAUGCUUUAUUGGUGGAAUGUCAAGAAUGAUUUAAGAAAGUAUUCUAACGGAGAUGAAGAUGAUAGAGAGUUUGGAUGGGCGUGCAUUGAUGGUGCUGUUUUUAGAUGCCCGACAUUGCUGUCUCUCUUUUGUGCUGUGCUUGGUUGUGGUACCCAACUAUUUCUUGUGGUUUGCUGUUUGUUUGCAUUAACCUCUCUUGGUCUUCUAGAUCCUUACACCCAUGGGAACUUAUGGACAGCUGUGGUUGUCAUAUACACUGUAACGUCUGCGGUUGCUGGAUAUACUGCUGCUUCAUUCCAUUGCCAAUUUUCUGAAACUGGAUGGGAAAGAAGUGUCCUCCUGACCGGGAUUCUUUUUAUGGGGCCAUUUUUACUUGUCCUAUCUAUCCUUACUACAGUGGCUAUGUCAUAUGGGUCUACUGCUGCCUUUCCUUUCGGCACCAUUGUUGUGAUGUUGCUGAUACAUACAUUUAUUACUGCCCCGCUUCUUGCAUUAGGAGGAAUUGUUGGACGCCGUAGGUGCUGUACAAAUUUUGUGCCUUCUACCAAGAAAUACGUGAGAGAGAUUCCUCCAUUAACUUGGUAUAUGAAAACCCACAUUCAAAUGUUUCUUGGUGGUCUCUUACCUUUCAGUGCAGUUCUCGUGGAGUUGCAUCUGUUAUAUGCAAGCAUGUGGAGCUACAAACUAUUUACGCUGCCAAGCAUUAUGUUCAUCAGCUUCUCAAUCCUUGUCUUACUUACUGCUAUAUUAAGUGUCGGUUUGACAUAUAUCCAACUCUCUGUGGAAGACCCGGAAUGGUGGUGGAGAUCAGUAUUACGUGGAGGAUCAACUGCCAUAUUUAUGUUUGUAUAUUGUAUAUACUUCUAUGCCAGGUCAAAUAUGAGUGGUCUCAUGCAGUUGUGCUACUUCAUGGGCUACAACGCUUGCAUUUGUUAUGCAUGUUUCCUGAUGCUUGGUGCAAUUGGUUUCCGUUCUUCGUCAAUGUUCAUCUACCAUAUGUAUCAUGGUGUUAAAAGCGAGUGAAUUUCAUACCUUACGGUUGUUAUCCCACUUUCAGUGAUUGUCCUCUACAUAUACACAAUGUAUACCUCCAAAAAAAGAUGUCUGCUGUUUUCAAUUGAUCCUUUCCGGAGAAUUAGACAGUGUUCCUACCUCCAUAGUCCAGAAGCUACACAGAGGAGAGAAAGCAUGACGAGUUAUUCGCCAGACAAGAUGCAAAGCCAUGAUGAUGAAAGUUUCAGGUUUGUUUUAAAGUUGAGAUUAAUUCGUCUUAUGUACGAAAAUAUCUUGCAUGACAGCAUGAACCUUAAGGCUGUUGUUUUGUGUCUAUUGACUCAAAGCAGUUACUUAUAGCUCAUAUUUAAUCCUAUUCAUGAGAUUGAAUAUCUCCAACUUGACGGUGAAUAGCUCAAGAUAUUAUUUUGCAAAUCAUCUAGAUUUUUUUUCCUCUUA